ACCUCUGUGCCAGUCCCUCCCCUUUCCUCGAAGCUUGAGAAGGACUGAGAGGGCUCCUGUCCGCCCGUCGGUUCCCGCGCGUCGUGCCACUCCACGGCUUCGCUCCCCCUUGGCCCCGCAGCAUGGACGUCAAGAAGAUUGCCAUCUUCGGCGCAACCGGGAGGACCGGGCUCACUACUCUGGCGCAGGCGGUGCAAGCAGGUUAUGAGGUGACAGUGCUGGUGCGGGAUGCCUCCAAACUGCCCGCGGAGGGGCCCCAGGCAGCCCAUGUGGUAGUGGGUGACGUUCUGAAGGCGGCUGAUGUGGACAAGACGGUGGCUGGGCAGGAUGCUGUCAUCGUGCUCCUGGGCACUGGCAAUGACCUCAGUCCUACCACAGUGAUGUCCGAGGGCGCCCGGAACAUUGUGGCAGCCAUGAAGGCCCAUGGGGUGGCCAAGGUCGUGGCCUGCACCUCGGCUUUCCUGCUCUGGGACCCAGCCAAGGUGCCCCGACAGCUGCAGGAUGUGACCGAUGACCACAUCCGAAUGCACAAGGUGCUGCAGGAGUCGGGCCUGAAGUAUGUGGCUGUGAUGCCACCCCAUAUAGGAGACCAGCCACUGACCGGGGCCUACUCAGUGACCCUGGAUGGCCGAGGUCCCUCGAGAGUCAUUUCCAAACAUGACCUGGGCCACUUCAUGCUGCAUUGCCUCACGACUGAUAAGUAUGAUGGUCACAACACCUACCCCUCCCACCAAUAUGAAUAGGGUUCUGGCAGAGGACGGCAUCCUGGGAAAUGGAGAACAAAGGAAGACAGCAAUAAAUCUUGGGCCAAGAGCUUCAAAUUAU